AUGCACUUGCGAGCCGUGAGUACAGGGGAAUUGAUCCGUGGUAAACCCGGCAAACACAAAUUACAAGUGAUCCCUCGUAUCCUGCGUGAUUUCCCUCAUCGCAAGUUUAUCUUGGUGGGUGAUUCAGGUGAAAUAGACCCUGAAAUUUAUCAACACAUCUAUCAUGAAUUCCCGGACCAGAUCAUCAAGAUCUUUAUCCAUGAUGUCACUUCAGAACGUGCCAUGCAUGCAGACCAAACAUCCCGCAACACAGACUCGUAUUAUGCCAGUCUACGUAAAUUUCUGUCUCGAGAAUCCUUGCUUCGUAAAGAACCCUCAAAUUCUCAACUAGCCAUGGACGCCAUGGCUCAGACUGAAGUGCCUGAAGAGCAAGCCAAUGUGUCUGAUCCAGCCGUGCCUUUGUUGACUAAACUUGAACAGUUUGAGGCACGCAUGAAGCGUGUUUCAGAAGGGAUGCGGGAAGGCGUCUUUACGGUCUUUACAUUAGCGACUCAACUCAUGUUGGAUCCAGUGGUAGCAGAAGAGUUUUUAAUGAAUCAUGUUACAGAAUAG